UUUUCCGGGUUCGAAACUUGUAAGAACUGUCUGGUUUUUUUGUUUUAUUCUAAUUAAUUUUUCAUGGGAGAGGAAACAAAAAUUAGGGCAAAAUUGCGAUGGACUUUUUAAACUGCUUCUGAUGCGUCUCUCUUUGAUUCUGGGAAAGAAAUAGGGUAUCAUUUGAUCUGAUGAAGGACCGGUCAGCGAAGAGGAAGGUAGUUGUACGGCACUUGCCGCCUUCUCUUUCACAGCCCGAUCUCUUAUCCCAAAUCGACUCUCGUUUCGGUGAUAGCUACAGUUGGUUCUCCUUUCGUCCUGGAAAGUCCAACUAUAAGACGCAGAAGCAUUCACGGGCCUACUUUGGUUUCAAGUCCCCGGAAGAUGUUUAUGAGUUCGCUGCAUUUUUCAACGGCCAUGUCUUUGUUAAUGAAAAGGGUGCUCAGUUCAAGGCCAUAGUCGAAUAUGCGCCUUCACAGCGUGUGCCCAAACCAUGUGACAAGAAAGAUCCUCGUGAAGGCUCUAUUACCAAAGACCCUGAGUACCUUGAAUUCCUUAAGCUCAUUGCUCAACCUGUUGAGAAUCUCCCCAGUGCUGAAGUCCAGUUGGAAAGAAGAGAAGCCGAGCAGUCUGGUGCUUCAAAGCCGGCUCCUAUUGUUACACCUCUUAUGGAAUUCAUACGUCAAAAACGUGCUACUGUGAUUGGAUCUCAGGGUUCAUUAGAUGUUCGAAGAGGAGGCAGAAGAUCCCGAGCAGUCUCGGCAAACAAGCCAAGUUCAAGGCCUUCGAAACGAAUCUCUGAAAAGAAGAAGUAUGUUGAAAAGGACAAUUCAAAAAGCGUCCGCAGUUCCAAGCAAGAUAAUUCAUCUACAGCCUCUGUCAUGGAUAGCUCUCUCCCAGGGAUUUCAUUGAUUAUGGAGUCCGGGAAGAAAAAGAUCUUGCUCCUGAAAAAAGACCGAGACACUCCUGUUAACUCUCCACCACAACCGGAACAGCAGAUGGAAACUAAUCUAUCCUCGACCUCAAGACAGAACCAGAAGAUUGAUGAUGUUGGUGGGAGAUUGAUCAAGGGAAUGCUUGUGAGAAAGGAGCCGCGACCUAGCCAGUCUUCAACUUUGGUCCAGCCUGAGCCAAGAGUGGAACCCUCAGAAGCAGAAAACUACAAGCGUCCUCCUCGAGCAGAUGGUAUAUAUGCAGGGAAAGACUAUCAUGUUUCUGGUACCAACACUGAGAAGCAAGAGAGGCGUCCUAGAAACAGGGACAGACCUGAUCGUGUUGUGUGGGCUCCUCUCCGUCGCUCUGACGGGUCCAAUAACUGCGAGGACCAACCGUUACCUUCAGCAGCAAACAAUGGAGAAGUGAAACAAAGGACGUUGUUGCAAAGAUCUGGAGAAGUGGUGAACUCCUCUGAUGGACACUCUCUUGAGAAUGGUUCAGGUAAAUAUUCUAGUCGCCGUGUUGGAUCUCGCAAUAGAAAAGAAGACGGCUUUGCAGUGACCGGUGAGGGCAAAUCAUCGCGUAGAGGAGGUGGUGGUGAUCCCACUUCAUAUGAGAAGCAAAAGUGGAUCCAAAAAUCAUCAUCGGGUACUUGAUAUAUUCACUCAACAUAUGGCUAUAAACAUCAGCCAAUUCCAAUGGAAUUUGUCUUUGAACGGGAAUCUAUACAUCUGAAUGGAAAUGGAAAGUAACAACACUAUCAGCAUCACUCGGGUUUGUCUGGACUUUUGGUCCAUCGUCGUAAGUCGUAGUAAUCAUCUCAGGAUUUAUGAGUUUGAGACAAGAAAGACUCCGUAACUACUGCAUUUGAAGGCUUCUAGCGGUUCACCGUACCUACAUCCCCUUUUGGCACUGUGUUACAGACAAGUGGGUGAGAAGUGAGAACUUACUCCCGAGUCUAAGUAAUGAAAUAAAGUCAAGAAGUGUAUAGGGAGCAGGAAACACUGUAUCGGGUUUUCUUUUGGGUUUCCUUGGAGGUCUCGGAACGUGAUUUUCAGGAUUUCACCAUUAUUGUUUGAUUACUGUGUAGUAAUUUUUUUACUGCUUAAUAUUUAUCUCGUUGAAGUGGGUUUAUUUCA